CCCACAAGCGCAGCGGCCCCAGCUUAAACCUUGGGAGGAAAAAGUCUGCGGAUGCAGAGACAACUUGCUUGGGCUUCCGUCCCUGCUGCCACUCCCAGUGUGCAAACCAGCAACAAGGAGAGGACCUGCAGCUGGAGGCGGCGACCAGGAAGGAGUUAACUGAGGCUGGGCUCCAGCUCAGGAAGGCAAGGGUUAAUGGGGGGGGCGGAUGGAGGCUUUCUCUCAGCCUUUCCUGUGGAGAGUGAGGUUUGGCUGCCACCAAAGUUACUUCUGGUCACUGCUGUCCCCCUUGUCUUCAGUGUGGACCUGCCUGUGGAUCUCCACAGUUCAGCCCCGCUUUCCCCUGCCACUGGAGCCUGCCACAGGGCACAGGAGCCAGGACGCCACCCCUCGGAUCUCUCUUGGGUCAGCCAGGAACCAUCAGCAGCUUAUGGGGCAAGCACCUGGCCCACUCUGCUAAGAUGCUACUGACUCCUCCCUCCGCCACCUCCAGAACACGGACCCCGAGUGCCGUGGAAAGACUGGAGGCCGACAAAGCUAAGUAUGUGAAGACGCACCAGGUGAUAGCACGACGCCAGGAGCCAGCCCUGCGCGGAAGCCCUGGGCCGCUCACACCGCACGCCUGCAACGAGCUAGGGCCUCCAGGGUCACCCAGAACGCCCAGGGCCGCCCGUCGGGGCAGUGGCAGGCGGCUGCCAAGGCCCGACUCCCUGGUCUUCUACCGCCAGAAGCGGGACUGCAAGGCUUCGGUGAACAAAGAGAACGCCAAGGGUCAGGGGCUGGUGCGCCGCCUCUUCCUGGGCACCACCCGGGACACUGCCCCCGGUAGCCCAGGCCCAGCAGCAGAGCGUCCCGCAGCGGCUGGGGGGUGGGCCGCGCCCCCAGUCACCCCGGAAGCGGCAGCCAAGCGGCCGCUGUGUCCCACGUGCUCACUGCCGCUGUCGGAGAAGGAGCGAUUCUUCAACUACUGUGGCCUGGAGCGCGCGCUGGUGGAGGUGCUGGGAGCCGAGCGUUUCUCCCCGCAGAGUUGGGGCGCCGACACGGGCCCCCAGUCCGGAACUGCUCUGGCGCCUGGCUCCAGAGACGACAGCGACUGGACGUCCAGCGACGGCGACGUCGACAGGCUGGACGGUGCGGGCGGCGGCGGCGGCUCGGAGGCAGCGGGCUCGACGCGGGACGAGCGGCCCGCCGUGUCGGUGGUGGAGCGCAACGCGCGCGUCAUCCAGUGGCUGUACGGCUGCCAGCGCGCUCGUGGCUCGCCGCCGCCUCCGCGCGAGUCCGAGGUGUGAGGGCGAGCCGCACGCCCGGGAGCCGGCUCUCGGGAUUCCGGGCUUCCCCCGGACCUCAGCGUCCCCAGCAGCCGAACCUUGGGGAGACGGAACCGCACGACCUGGAGAGUCCCUCCCAGCGCAAUCGGCAGCAGAGGGAGCGACCGCGCCCCUUUGGAGAGCCCGUGUCAGGGCUUAGGGGACCGCGGGA